AUGGUCGGAAGAUGGCGAAAGAAGGCUGCUGAAAGCCGUCGUACUUCUGUGCCAGUCGAUGUUCCGUCUGGACACGUGGCGAUCUAUGUGGGAAGCGGGCGUAGGAGAUUUGUUGUGCGCGCGGAGUACCUGAAUCAUCCCCUUUUUGUGAAACUGUUGGAUCAGGCAAAAGAAGAAUACGGGUUCUCUCAUCAUGGCCCGUUGGCAUUACCAUGUGAUGAACCCGUUUUUGAAGAAACGUUACGGUUCGUUUCUUUACCCGAAUCUUGGAACCCGGUUCAAUUCGUUAUCCUUGAUACUCCUCAAGAUACUGCCAUGUCAUCUAUUAGCUAG